UACUUUCGGAAGUAAAAUUGUUUUCCGUUUUGCCGACAUGGCGGAUCUGGGAAGGAGUCUUGUUGAAGGAGAUGCUAUGAAUACUACUAAGGAAAAACUGUCAACUGAAGUAAAUAAGAGUGUCUCGUCUGGCGUUUCUUUUGGCUUCAGUAGGACCGUCAGUAAAUUAAACAAUCAGAGUUUGAAACGAGACGCGCUAGAAAAAGAUUACGUCACAGAAGUAGAAGGUCGGCAGAUUGUUUCCACCAAGCCAACUGAAAAACCAAAAGAACUAAUAAUUCCUCUGAUCCACAAGAACCGCUGGUACAAAGAAGAUGCAGCAAACAAAGCUGAACCAAAGCAGAACAGUGAGAAACCAAAAGAAGAUGAUGCGGUUGUAUCACAGGCGGUGAAGGAAUUAAUAGAAGAAUCAAGAAAACAGCAAGAUCAAUGGAAGAGUGGCCCAAAUGUGGAUUCAAACCUAUCAAUUCCCUUGCUUAUGCAAAACAGAAUGCCAGAAGGUUAUGAAGAUGGUGACAAGUUGAAUGUUGAGUUGUUGCCACCAUGUCCUACAGAAAACGAUUAUGACAGUGUACCUAUUGAAGCUUUUGGUCUAGCCAUGCUGAAAGGGAUGGGCUGGAAAGAGGGUGAAGGCGUUGGGAAGACAUUUAAAGAGGUCAUCAAACCAGUUGAACUCCAGUAUCGACCCAAGGGUUUAGGCCUGGGUGCUGACAAAUCUGCAAUCAAGACGCAAGAUGAAAGUCGUCCCAAGCGUCCACCCAAGCCUGGUGAGGAGCGAGCAGACGAGGAGCCGCAGGGUCUAGUCGUUGGGAGCAGUGUGCUGAUAGAGAAAGGACCCCAUAAGGACCUUUAUGGCAAGGUAGAAGGAAUCGAUCCGGACAAUGCAAGGGUAAUGACGAAGCUUGCAAUUGGAGGAAAAAAAGUUACAGUCAGCCAGCACUGUUUGCGACUGGUCAGCCGCAAGGAGUACGAUAAAUACAGCAAAGACCUCAGUCGCCUGAGUAAAGCCCACAAGGAAAAAGAAAAGGAGAAGGAGAAACAACAAGCCAAGUCACAGGAUGAAAUGAGUGCACACCAGCAGUCAGAGAGUCGGGAUUCACAAAGAAGUACCCACAAACAUCAUGAAAAAAGUAGAAAAAGAAAGCAUGAAGAUGAUCACAAAAGGGAUGAAGUACAUUCUGGCAAAGAAACUAAGCAGAUGUCCAGCAACAGCAAGUCUUCUUCUAGAGAGCACUGUUGGCUUCAAAGAGACCUGCGAGUUCGAUUCAUAGACAAGCGGUUCAAAAAAGGCGACUACUACAAUUCUAAGAUGAUCAUUGAAGAUGUUCUAACUCCUGACACGUGUGUUUGUAGAACAGAUGAAGGCCUUCUGCUAGAUGAUAUCCAUCAGUCUAUGUUGGAAACCAUUGUUCCAAAAUUGCACAGCGAUCUUAUCAUGGUUGUGCUUGGCAAGAACAGGGGUCAGGUAGGAAGAAUUCUUCAACGGAACAAGGACAAAUGUUAUGCUUUAGUUCAGCUUCAUAAAUUUGAAGACCAAGUGUUUAAACUGGAUUAUGAUGCUAUUUGCCAUUAUAUUGGUGGGACAGCUUAGCUGAGUCUUCAUCUGUAUAAGAAUGCAAUAAUAUGUGGACAGUUUUAUUGAUUUAAAAAAAAAAAAAGAAAAAAAGAAAAGAAACUAUACACAAGAAAUCCAUGUGUGUAUCUUCAUAGGCUUACAUGUGUGGGGCUGGGGAAAAGGUUUUUCUAUCAACAGAUUGCUCCUGUGUCUCACAUACAUUGAAAAUGCAUAUUUGUUGAUUUUGAAGACUUCAUCCCAGAAGAUACCAGACUGCCAGGAAGCUUGGUCUUCUCUUGUGUGUGUGUUUUUUUUUUGUUUUUUUUAUUAUUUUUUUUUUAAUAGAUUCAUUAUCAGUGUUUCACCAGUUCCAUUCUUAACACGUGCUGAAUAUUGGCUGCUAAUUAUUUUGUGCCCUUAUUCUCAAAAAUGUUUUGGAAUUUUUUAAACAACCCUACUUACAUUGAAAGUAUUAAGUGUUUGUAUACUUUAUUACUAUUAAAUGUGUAUAAAAUUACCUACAUUUUUUUGAGUGAUGUGUAUAUACAGUAUAAUACAGGGCCAGCAUGACUGUGCACUGGUUAGCAUGGUGGCUUCACAGCUCCAGGGUGCAUAGUUCAAAUGCCUAUUCACUGUCUGUGUGGAGUUUGUAAGUUCCUCUCAUUUCUGUUUAGUUUUUCCUCCCAUUUCCCAAAUACAUGCAUGUUAAAUUAAUUGGCAACUUUAGGUUAACCCUUUGUGAGUGAUUUCACUCUAAAAUGGCUGAUGUCCCAUCCAUGAGUUGGUUCUUGCUUUGCACUCAGGGCUGCUGGGAUAAGCACGAGCUCAUCACAGACCUGAUCUGGAUAGGCGAGUUUGAAAACAAAAGGCUGAAUGCAUAUAUAAUACAGGAAGAGCCAUAAGGGACAAUUAGUAUUUUUUCUGUAAAUAAAUGUGUAGAGAAAAGCUUUAUGACCUGUAAUAAUAAAGGAGGUAAAGCAAUAAUGAAGAAAAAAUGCCUGCAUUUUUGAGAAUAUGUAUUUUGACAGAAGGCAAAAAAGUCUGUUUAAGUAUUUCUUUAACAUCAUUGCAUGGCACUUUUUGUUAACUAUUAUAAAUUUCAUCAAAUUAAAUGUUUUUAUUUUUGCAAUUUUAUAAAAACUCUUAUCACAUCAUUGAUAUUUACCAGACCACCAUAUCAAUACCUUAUGUGAACUAUGAGUGAUUAAGAGAUUCUUUACUUUAAUUAAAUAUUUUUCUGGUAAGGACUUUAUACAGUAAAUAAUUUUUACUGAAUAAAUUGGCAGCAAGAAAUUCAGGCAUUUUUCACAACUUUGGUAAACUUUAUUUCUAACCUAUUAUGUCUGUUUUCUAGUUUAUCCAUUAAAAGAAAAAACUAAUGUAUGAACUUUACUUUGAUCAUAUGACUGAAAAUGUAAAACUAAAAUACUUUUUUAGAUCAACAUGAGUGAUUUGGGGUUUCCAUGGAUGCUUAGAGUUUUAUGUAAAUAAAUUAAAUAGCAAAUUCUGUCCUUUCAAUGGAAUUUUGCAUCCCUGAAACCUCCGCAUUAUUUUGAAGGUUGAUUCACAUUCUGACAAUUUUUUUUUUAAAUCAGGAAUAGUGAAUGUUGCUGUUUCAUAAACACACUAGAUAAAGGUUUUGCUACAAUCAGAGACUUAUCAGUUAUACCCGAGUGUGUAAAGUGUAUAAAUUUUACAUUUACCACAGUUCUAUUUAUUUUGAUUGACCUUUGUCUGGACAUGGAGAAAUGGUCUUCCCAAAUGGUGCAGAAGUGACCAAAUAGGGUCAAUAUCAUGGUCAUUGUAAUUAACAUUUCAUUCAGCAAGUAAUACAGUAUAUGCAUGUAAAUUAGGAUUAUGCACUGUUCACUUAUAGAUUUUAAAAACAGAGAUUUAAAAGUACUAUUUUCCAAACAAAUUAUUCUUAGGGAACAGUAAUACUAAUUUUCUUGAAAAUAAUAAUUCAUGUUCAUGUGUUCUUUUGCCUUCUGAAAUAGGUCAUUUAAUUAAGCGAAUAUUUAGUACUGUAGAUGAGUCCUGCAACAAAGGAGACUUUUUUCUAAGUCUGACAAAUUGAGUUUAAUUUUGUGGUAACAAAUAUUUAACUUUGUAUGUCAGCAGAAAGUAAUUUUACACAUUCUACAGAUUAAAGUAAAAUAGCAUGUUAAGCCUUUUCAUCUGUACUAUUUGUAUGCAUUUUAGAUGAGUAGAAAUACUGGCUUAUUAUAACACUUAUUUAAUUACUAUAGUAGUGUAACUCUACAAGUAGUCAAAUGUAAUUAUAGUCUUCUACAAUGUAAGUUCCAUUGAUGUCAAUGCCAGAAGUCUGUCAGUUUCCAUUAAUUAGAAUGCCAGCUGCUGAAAAUGUAUUUUUAGAUAACUUAUAAACAGAUAACUGUUAAAUUGUGAAAAUUUAUAAGAGAUUUUAAAAAUAUAAUUAAGAAAAAUUCUGUUACAUGUACAUAUAUAUGUGUGGCAGAUGGGACACCUCCUCAAUGGAAAGACCAGGCUAGAGAACAUGCCCUCCUGGGUUGCUAUGGGACCACAGACUCCCAAAGGUCUUCGUGGUAUUUGGACUUUUCUACAGCCGUGUUGGGUCCCGUGGAUAUCGCCAGGGGGAACUGUAGGGACUGAGGAGCCCUUUAUUGCAGGAUUUCCACCACACCCAGAACGGCUGCCGGGUUGAGACUACGGGACACCUAGAGCUCUUCUAGAUAUUAUAUAAAAUGACCCUCCUCACUCCAGUCGGGGAGCCAGAGUCGGGAGGGAGAGGAUAACGUUUGCUAGAGGAGUGGAGGCAGAAGAAGGAAGGAGAGAGAGAGAGAGAGAGAUAAGAGAAGAAAAGGCAAAGUGUUUGGUGCUUUUAUUGUGGUUAUUGUGGUUUGGACUCAACACUGUGUUGAGCAGAUGGGAAACAAUGGAAAAGCAUUUUGCACAAGAAAAAUAAAAAAAAUGUGUGACUGAA